AUGAUCGUUCUUGUUCUUUAUAUUUUUACUCCUCACAUUGAAGGAGUCGAAGCCGAUGGACCAACAGAAGCACUGAUCAAUAGUAUUUGCAUAGAAAACGAAGAUUAUGGAUUUUGCAAUAAAAUCAUCCAUGAAAAAUUGAAGACACCAACGGCUACUAUCAAAGAACUCACGAGUCUCAUAAUAUACACCACUAUGGCUCACGCCAGUGAUACUUACAUUUUCAUCGAUAACAUCCUCCGCAAAUGGCCUGGCCCUAAGGAGACGAGUGGUCUCAAGACUUGUCAUGCAGUUUAUAAGAGAGAGACCAAUAGUUUCUUAGAAAUUCGCUUUCUAUUUUCAAAAGGAGAGUACGAACUUAUGGAUGAAGCCAUUUUGUCCACAGCCAAGAUCUUAGAAGAGUGUAGGGGCGAUUUUCUUAUUCCUCCUUACAAGGAGCCUCUGCUUGAGAAGAAGAGAGUUAUGAGAAUAUUGAUCACCAUGUCUGCUGUUUCUGGACAUAUGGUCAAAAAUGAGAAGGCUUCCUUGAUUAGCUCAGUAGUUACUGCCCAGUUUUUCAAUAUUUGA